AUGGACCAAACGGCGCAACUGCUCGUCGCAGCCAACCAGAUUUAUGCUAGAGCGAACGAGACGAGCAGCGAUGCCGACAAACAAACUCGACCCCCUACUUAUAAGGUCAUUGGUAUCUCCUUAGCCAUUGCUUCUGGCUGCUUUAUCGGAGUAUCAUUUGUGAUGAAGAAGGUCGGGCUACUAAAAGCAAACGAAAAAUACAAUGAAGUCGCUGGCGAGGGUUAUGGCUAUCUUAAAAAUGCAUUUUGGUGGUCUGGUAUGACGCUGAUGAUCAUAGGCGAGAUCUGCAAUUUCGCCGCCUACGCCUUUACCGAUGCCAUUUUGGUUACGUCCUUGGGAGCUUUAUCGGUUGUUAUCACCGCCGUUCUCUCAGCCAUAUUCUUGAAAGAGAGACUCAGUAUGGUCGGCAAAGUUGCCUGCUUUUUGUGUAUAGUUGGAUCCGUUGUCAUCGUUUUGAAUGCUCCGACGGAAUCAUCCGUCGCAAAUAUUCAGGAACUGCAGAAAUUUGUUGUCACGCCGGGCUUUUUGACUUAUGCAGGUGUCAUUAUUGUCGGGGCUACUUUCGUUGCCUUCUGGGUUGGUCCGCGAUAUGGCAAGAAGAACAUGUUUCCGUACAUCUCAGUCUGCAGCUGGAUCGGUGGGCUGAGCGUUGUCGCUACUCAAGGUCUGGGUGCCGCCAUUGUUGCGCAGGCCGGCGGCACUCCCCAGUUUAACCAAUGGUUCUUAUAUGUCGUUCUCGUAUUUGUUAUCGCCACGCUACUGACCGAGAUCAUUUAUCUGAACAAAGCGCUGAAUUUGUUUAAUGCGGCCAUGGUCACCCCGACGUACUAUGUUUAUUUCACGAGCACGACGAUCAUAACUUCAGCUGUUCUUUUUCAGGGGUUCAAGGGCACCGCUACACAAAUUGUUACGGUAGUCAUGGGAUUUCUUACCAUCUGCGCAGGUGUUGUUUUGCUUCAGUUGUCUAAAUCCGCAAAGGACGUACCGGAUUCCGCUGUUUUUGCUGGGGAUCUGGAUCAAAUUCAUACAAUCGCUGAACAAGAGCAACCCGAAACGGAACCCAAAGCUGAUGCUAUUCGUGGAGCCGCCGCCAUUGUACGACGAAUUUCUCAAGCGCGAAUGAGAAUGGAACAAGAAGAAUUCCGGCGACUUCGUGAAGAAAAAGAAAUGGAACGUCUUGCACCAGUUAGUGAAGAUGGACAACAGUUGUACGAAUGGGACGGGUUAAGACGAAGGCGAACAACGAUUACUUCUAGUUUCAGGAGUCGUUCUGUGGCAACUCCGAGUCCCGUCAAUACUCCAGCACACCCGCCCCUAGGCAGGUCGAGAUUCCCGACCGCGGAGGAGCUGGAGGAAGAUCGUAAUCGCCAGAUGUCUCCGAGUAUACUUUCGAGCAUAGCUGGAACGAUUCGAAAUCGAACGAAGAGUGUUUUGCUCCCAGGACAUCCCGAUUUCCCCCAAGGAGAUCACAAUCCUCCUCAUGUUCAAAGUCCAAUGCACCCGCUGCAGCUAACCGAUAUUGCUGUGCCGGGUCAGAAGUAUGGAAACGAAGCCAGUCCGUAUGGAGCUAGCCGAGAUCAUAUAUACGGUCUUCCGGAUGGCCUGCGGAAGACCGAGUAUAGUGGCGCUGCUAGUAUAGCAUCUAGCAGUGCUGGACGACAUAUUCAGUUUAUGGAAACACAAAAGCCAAGUGCUAGUGCGACCUCUCUGGCCCCACCAACACCGCCACCUCACGGAGAGGUUCACUCAGCACGUCGGCAGUUCUCGUUCCAAAAUGUGUUUCGUCGGCAUCAAGCUGACAGUACACAGGAACAAGCGCUACCGCCGUCGAGGAACCCGCCGUCUCACCAUAGGAUGGGGUCACGCGGGUACUUGGACCGUCAAGCUCAAGUGAAGAAUGCGACCGAGGAGGAGAGGCUGGGUCUCGUUAAGGGUGAUUCCCAUACCCAACCAGCACAGCCCCGAUACGACAAUGACGACGACGAUGAAAGCGACGACUAUGUAUAUUCGGACGAUAAAAGAGCGGAGCGGUACGGCCGGGGCAUAACGCAUACUCCGCCCAGGAGGGGAAGUUAUGACAAGGAGACCGAGUACGAAGACUAUGAAUCGAGUCGAGGGGGUUGGAACGGGGGCCGUAAUGGUAGUAGAGAUACGACACCUCAUAGUUCGCCCCCACGGCCGCCAGGACGAAGUCCACCUCGCGGUGGAGAUGGAGCCUUCAUCUAG